AUGGACGUGGACGUGGUCGUGCUCGUGGACGUGGUCGUGGUCGUGGACGUAGUCGUGGUCGUGGACGUGGUCGUGGACGUGGACGUGGACGUGGUCGUGGACGUGGACGUGGUCGUGGACGUGGUCGUGGACGUGGUCGGGGUUGUGGUCGUGGACGUGGACGUGGUCGGGGUCAUGGACGUGGACGUGGUCGUGGUCGUGGUCGUUGUCGUGGACGUGGUCGUGGUCGUGGACGUCGACGUGGUCGUGGUCGUGGUCGUGGACGUGGUCGUGGACGUGGACGUGGUCGUGGACGUGGUCGUGGUCGUGGACGUGGUCGUGGUCGUGGACGUGGUCGUGGUCGUGGUCGUGGUCGUGGACGUGGUCGUGGACGUGGUCGUGGUCGUGGACGUGGUCGUGGUCGUGGACGUGGUCGUGGUCGUGGACGUGGUCGUGGACGUGGACGUGGUCGUGGACGUGGUCGUGGACGUGGUCGUGGACGUGGACGUGGUCGUGGACGUGGUCGUGGACGUGGUCGGGGUCGUGGACGUGGACGUGGACGUGGACGUGGUCGGGGUCGUGGACGUGGACGUGGACGUGGACGUGGUCGUGGACGUGGACGUGGUCGUGGACGUGGACGUGGACGUGGUCGUGGACGUGGACGUGGUCGGGGACGCGGACGUGGUCGUGGUCGCGGACGUGGACGUGGUCGCGGACGUGGUCGUGGUCGUGGACGUGGACGUGGUCGUGGACGUGGACGUGGACGUGGUCGUCGAAGUGGUCGGGGUCGUGGUCGUGGACGUGGACGUGGACGUGGACGUGGUCGUGGACGUGGUCGUGGACGUGGACGUGGUCGUGGACGUGGUCGGGGACGUGGUCGGUGUCGUGGACGUGGUCGUGGACGUGGUCGUGGUCGUGGACGUGGACGUGGUCGUGGACGUGGACGUGGACGUGGUCGUGGACGUGGUCGGUGUCGUGGACGUGGUCGUGGUCGUGGUCGGGGUCGUGGACGUGGACGUGGACGUGGACGUGGACGUGGUCGCGGACGUGGUCGUGGACGUGGUCGUGGACGUGGUCGUGGACGUGGACGAGGACGUGGACGUGGUCGUGGUCGUGGACGUGGACGUGGACGUGGACGUGGACGUGGUCGUGGACGUGGACGUGGUCGUGGACGUGGACGUGGUCGUCGACGUGGUCGGGGUCGUGGUCGUGGACGUGGACGUGGUCGUGGACGUGGACGUGGACGUGGUCGAGGACGUGGACGUGGUCGUGGACGUGGAAAAGGUCGUGGACGUGGCCGUGGUCGUGGACGUGGUCGUGGUCGUAGACGUGGACGUGGUCGAAGACGUGGACGUGGACGUGGUCGCGGACGUGGUCGUGGUCGUGGACGUGGACGUGGACGUGGACGUGGACGUGGACGCGAUCGUGGACGUUGUCGUGGACGUGGACAUGGACGUGGUCGUCGACGUGGUCGGGGUCGUGGUCGUGGUCGUGGACGUGGACGUGGUCGUGGUCGUGGUCGUGGUCGUGGACGUGGACGUGGUCGUGGACGUGGUCGUGGUCGUGGACGUGGACGUGGACGUGGUCGUGGACGUGGUCGUGGUCGUGGUCGUGGACGUGGUCGUGGACGUGGUCGUGGUCGUGGACGUGGUCGUGGACGUGGACGUGGUCGUGGUCGUGGACGUGGUCGUGGACGUGGACGUGGUCGUGGACGUGGUCGUGGACGUGGACGUGGUCGUGGUCCUGGACGUGGUCGUGGUCGUGGACGUGGUCGUGGUCGUGGACGUGGUCGUGGUCGUGGUCGUGGACGUGGUCGUGGACGUGGUCGUGGUCGUGGACGUGGUCGUGGUCGUGGACGUGGUCGUGGUCGUGGACGUGGUCGUGGACGUGGACGUGGUCGUGGACGUGGUCGUGGUCGUGGUCGUGGACGUGGUCGUGGUCGUGGUCGUGGUCGUGGUCGUGGACGUGGUCGUGGUCGUGGACGUGGUCGUGGCCGUGGUCGUGGUCGUGGUCGUGGACGUGGUCGUGGUCGUGGUCGUGGACGUGGCCGUGGUCGUGGUCGUGGACGUGGUCGUGGUCGUGGACGUGGCCGUGGACGUGGACGUGGUCGUGGUCGUGGACGUGGUCGUGGUCGUGGACGUGGUCGUGGUCGUGGUCGUGGACGUGGUCGUGGACGUGGUCGUCGACGUGGUCGUGGACGUGGUCGUGGUCGUGGACGUGGACGUGGUCGUGGACGUGGACGUGGUCGUGGUCGUGGACGUGGUCGUGGUCGUGGUCGUGGUCGUGGACGUGGACGUGGUCGUGGUCGUGGUCGUGGACGUGGUAGUGGACGUGGUCGUGGUCGUCGACCUGGACGUGGUCGUGGACGUGGUCGUGGACGUGGUCGUGGACGUGGUCGUGGUCGUGGACGUGGUCGUGGACGUGGACGUGGUCGUGGACGUGGCCGUGGUCGUGGUCGUGGACGUGGACGUGGUCGUGGUCGUGGUCGUGGACGUGGUCGUGGUCGUGGACGUGGUCGUGGACGUGGCCGUGGUCGUGGACGUGGCCGUGGUCGUGGACGUGGACGUGGUCGUGGACGUGGACGUGGUCGUGGACGUGGUCGUGGUCGUGGACGUGGUCGUGGUCGUGGACGUGGACGUGGUCGUGGACGUGGACGUGGUCGUGGACGUGGUCGUGGUCGUGGACGUGGUCGUGGACGUGGACGUGGUCGUGGACGUGGACGUGGUCGUGGACGUGGUCGUGGUCGUGGACGUGGUCGUGGACGUGGACGUGGUCGUGGACGUGGUCGUGGACGUGGACGUGGUCGUGGACGUGGUCGUGGUCGUGGACGUGGUCGUGGUCGUGGACGUGGUCGUGGACGUGGACGUGGUCGUGGACGUGGUCGUGCACGUGGACGUGGACGUCGUCGUGGACGUGGUCGUGGUCGUGGACGUGGUCGUGCACGUGGACGUGGACGUGGACGUGGUCGUGGACGUGGACGUGGUCGUGGACGUGGUCGUGGACGUGGACGUGGUCGUGGACGUGGACGUGGACGUGGACGUGGUCGUGGUCGUGGUCGUGGUCGUGGUCGUGGUAGUGGUGGUGGACGUGGUCGUGGUCGUGGACGUGGUCGUGGACGUGGUCGUGGUCGUGGACGUGUUCGUGGUCGUUGACGUGGUCGUGGACGUGGACGUGGUCGUGGACGUGGUCGUGGUCGUGGACGUGGUCGUGGACGUGGUCGUGGACGUGGACGUGGUCGUGGACGUGGUCGUGGUCGUGGACGUGUUCGUGGUCGUGGUCGUGGACGUGGUCGUGGUCGUGGUCGUGGACGUGUUCGUGGACGUGGUCGUGGUCGUGGACGUGGCCGUGGUCGUGGACGUGGGCGUGGUCGUGGACGUGGACGUGGUCGUGGACGUGGACGUGGUCGUGGACGUGGACGUGGUCGUGGACGUGGUCGGGGUCGUGGUCGUGGUCGUGGUCGUGGACGUGGUCGUGGACGUGGACGUGGACGUGGUCGUGGUCGGGGUCGUGGUCGUGGACGUGGACGUGGACGUGGUCGUGGUCGUGGACGUGGUCGUGGACGUGGACGUGGUCGUGGUCCUGGUCGUGGUCGUGGACGUGGUCGUGGACGUGGUCGUGGACGUGGACGUGGUCGUGGACGUGGACGUGGUCGUGGACGUGGACGUGGUCGUGGACGUGAUCGUGGUCGUGGUCGUGGUCGUGGUCGUGGACGUGGACGUGGUCGUGGACGUGGACGUGGUCGUGGUCGUGGACGUGGUCGUGGUCGUGGACGUGGUCGUGGUCGUGGACGUGGUCGUGGUCGUGGACGUGGUCGUGGACGUGGACGUGGUCGUGGUCGUGGACGUGGUCGUGGUCGUGGUCGUGGUCGUGGACGUGGACCUGGUCGUGGUCGUGGACGUGGUCGUGUUCGUGGACGUGGUCGUGGUCGUGGUCGUGGACGUGGACGUGGUCGUGGUCGUGGACGUGGACGUGGACGUGGUCGUGGUCGUGGACGUGGUCGUGGUCGUGGACGUGGUCGUGGACGUGGACGUGGUCGUGGACGUGGACGUGGUCGUGCACGUGGUCGUGGACGUGGACGUUGUCGUGGACCUGGACGUGGUCGUGGUCGUGGUCGUGGUCGUGGACGUGAUCGUGGACGUGGUCGUGGUCGUGGACGUGGUCGUGGUCGUGGACGUGGUCGUGGUCGUGGACGUGGUCGUGGUCGUGGUCGUGGUCGUGGACGUGGUCGUGGACGUGGUCGUGGUCGUGGUCGUGGACGUGGUCGUGGUCGUGGACGUGGACGUGGGCGUGGUCGUGGUCGUGGUCGUGGACGUGGUCGUGGACGUGGACGUGGUCGUGGACGUGGACGUGGUCGUGGUCGUGGUCGUGGACGUGGACGUGGACGUGGUCGUGGUCGUGGUCGUGGUCGUGGACGUGGUCGUGGACGUGGACGUGGUCGUGGACGUGGUCGUGGUCGUGGACGUGGUCGUGUACGUGGACGUGGUCGUGGACGUGGACGUGGUCGUGGACGUGGACGUGGUCGUGGACGUGGUCGUGGUCGUGGUCGUGGACGUGGUCGUGGUCGUGGUCGUGGACGUGGUCGUGGACGUGGUCGUGGACGUGGUCGUGGUCGUGGACGUGGUCGUGGUCGUGGUCGUGGACGUGGACGUGGUCGUGGACGUGGACGUGGUCGUGGUCGUGGACGUGGUCGUGGUCGUGGUCGUAGACGUGGUCGUGGUCGUGGACGUGGUCGUGGACGUGGACGUGGUGGUGGACGUGGACGUGGUGGUGGACGUGGACGUGGUCGUGGACGUGGUCGUGAUCGUGGUCGUAGACGUGGUCGUGGUCGUGGUCGUGGUCGUGGUCAUGGUCGUGGUCGUGGACGUGGUCGUGGACGUGGACGUGGUCGUGGACGUGGACGUGGUCGUGGUCGUGGUCGACCACGACGUGGCACGAAGAAGCAGGGCGCGGGCCCCCCGAGGGCGCCACGGCGGGUGA